AUGCGAACAUUUCUAUCGAUCCCGCUCUUCGAGCUGCGCAGUGUUGAAGUCCUCGUACAAGCAAGUCGUAGUAUUGUGACAUGCCCUGUGCUUCCUGCCACGGGUGUUGUGCAGUGGCCACCUCCAUGGCACUUUUGUUGUACUGCGGUAGUCGUAUGGAAGGAGGCCGGAAGUGAUCCUGUCUUCGGAGUUCGCUCACAGGCAGACUUUGGCUCUGGCAAGCCUAUGGUCCCUUUCGAUUCGGAAUGCAUCAACCACACUGACGUCUAG